UUAUAAUUCUUCUAUAUUAUUUUAAAUCUGUUUUACCGAAUGUACUAAUGGUUAUGACAAAUUCUUCGGUGGAAUAUAAAUUACCUUAUAAAAUAAAACCAUUAUUAAAGCCGCACGAUGCAAAAAGUUAUGCUUUUGGUUGCAUACAUGAAUUCUUACGUACAAUAAUGGUCAUUUCCGGAUACGUCGGAACUGAUUGUUUGGUGACUUGUACCGGUUUUCAUCUUACCGGUCAAUUAGCAAUAUUUAACUUUAGAGUGAAGGAUGUUUUAAAUGAUUCUUAUGGUUCACGACGUGGAAUUCAGAAAAUUGUUCUUCGACAUCAUCGUAUAAUAAGAUUAGCGGAUAUAUUAGAGGAUAGUUUUAACAUUGUUAUUGGUCAACAAUUAUUAGGGACAACGGUACAACUUUGUAUCUCGAGUUAUCAAAUGCUCUCUGUACGUAUAUAUCACUCGAAUCGAAUCACAUUUAUUUCUAAUAAAUAA